CAGUACUAUACGUCACCGGAAGUGGCUUUUGCUAGUAACCAAGCUAGCAUCGGACGAUGAGGAGCUGAGACUGCUCAAUUUAAUAGGUUGAGAAGGGCAGGAUGGGCAGGCAGAGAAAGAGGGUGGUGAGCGGCGAGGCUGUCCCCCCUCUGAGAAAAGAUGAGAAGCCCCCAGUGUUCCACCGCAAGGAGAAAAAAAAGAAAGUCGACGUUGGCAAAAUUUUCAUCAACAUCUCAAUAGGCCUUUCUGUGGUCAGCCUGAGCUGGUUCUUUUAUGCCAUAUACAUGAGAUCCAGUCUGGCCAAACGGGUAGUGACCUUGCACCCAUCACCUCGUGUUCUUGAUGCCAAUUCCAGCAGUGCCCAAGUCUCCCCAGAGAGGUUCUGGGGUUCUUACAGGCCUCAGGUCUACUUUGGCAUGAAAACGAGGAGUCCAAGGUCAAUUGCGACAGGUAUGAUGUGGAUGCGUCAGUUUUCGGACAUGGAUGUAUUCCUGAGACACACAUGUGAGCAGAAAGAUCGCUUGCAGAGUUAUGGCUGGCUAAUGCAUGAUGGGGUCACUUUUGGCGUCCAGGAGAUCAGAGACAAAGAUUUCACACUGACCACAGAGUUUGUCAAGAGGAUGGGAGGAGAUCACGGUGGAGACUGGACCUGGAGGGUCACUGCUAAACAACAUAGCUCUGCCCCGAAGGCGCCAGUCAUCUCUCUGAUGUUCUACGCAGCUGCAGAUACUCAAGGCUCACUGGAGGCUCAUGUGGAGGAGAAAAGCCGCCUCGCUUCCAUCACUGGUGUCUCCGAAGAGCUUGGCAGUUUCAAAAUCACAUUCCGAAAACCAGUUACCGGGGAAUUAUCUAGCCCUAAAUAUGCAAGUUAUAACUACCUUCAGACUGUCUCUCCUGGCUUGGAGAGGCUGACUACCAUUGUGACGCACAGUCUGAAUCGCGGGUUUGUCUACAGUCCGCCAUCUGGCGAAAAGAGGCAUUACAUUGCUGUGGACACCUACAAGCCUCCCUAUCCCCAACAUAAACCCCCCGAUGCGAGGAAAGAGAGCGACUUUGUAGUUCACCAGGUCACCGUCGAAACGCCAUUUCAAAUCGAAGUUCUCUUUGAGUCUGGAAGCUUCCACAGCCGGCACAACCAGCUAGUGGGCCUGGUCAUGACUGAAGAGCUGGAGAAGAGGAAAGCUGAGUUUGACGCAAAGUUUGAGAAGACGUUUGGGCUUGAGAGCAAAGGCUACAGUCAGCCACACAUUAAGUUAGGCAAGGCGGCACUCAGCAACAUGUUGGGCGGAAUGGGCUACUUUUACGGCCAGUCAGUGGUUCAGUCCAUCUACAAUGAAUAUCCACUACUGUACCCCGAAGGUGCGUUAUUUACUGCAGUCCCAUCACGCUCUUUCUUCCCCAGAGGUUUUCUUUGGGAUGAGGGUUUUCACCAACUGCUGCUGAGUAAGUGGGAUCCGCAGGUGACAAGAGAGGCUGUUUCCCACUGGAUAGACUUGAUGAAUGUGGAGGGCUGGAUUCCCCGUGAGCAGAUCCUUGGAGACGAGGCUCACAGUAAGGUCCCUGCUGAGUUUGUAGUUCAGCGGAAUGAGAACGCCAAUCCGCCCACACUCUUUUUAGCUCUUCAGAAACUAAUUGAACAGUUCUCAUUAAAUCCAGCCAGUGGGGAGUCUCAGCUAACCUUGCCUUUUCUCAGACGACUGUACCCCAGACUGAAAACCUGGUUUGAGUGGUACAACAUCACUCAGUGGGGGCCUCUGCCUAACUCGUACCGCUGGCGUGGACGUGACAAAGACACAAAUCUCUUCCUCAAUCCUAAAACUUUGACAUCAGGUCUUGACGAUUACCCACGGGCCUCACACCCAUCAGCAGAUGAGCGCCAUGUGGACUUGCAUUGCUGGAUGGCUUUGUCCUCGGGCAUCAUGGCUCGAAUUGCCCAGCUUUUAGGUGAGCCUCACCAGGACUAUGAAGUAACCCACAAAGUUCUCACGGACAACAAUCGGCUGAAUGAGCUCCACUGGUCCGAGCAACUUCGUGCUUUCUGCGACUAUGGCAACCAUACUCCGGCAGCGAUCUUGCAGCAGGAGAUGUACAUCCCACCUGGACAACACCGCCCUGUAACACGACUCGUGCGCCAUGUCCGCAAGGCUCCCAAACUCCAGUAUGUCAACGCUUUAGGUUAUGUUAGUUUGUUCCCUUUCUUACUGCAUGUUCUCCAGCCGGACUCACCCAAAAUAGAACACAUUCUUAAUGACAUGAAAGAUCCCAAUAAGCUGUGGACACCUUACGGCCUGCGUUCCCUCUCAAAGACGGAUCCCAUGUAUAUGAAACGCAACACAGAACAUGAUGCCCCCUACUGGAGGGGACCGAUAUGGAUUAAUAUAAACUACCUGGCAGUGAGAGCCCUCCACUACUACAGCAACACACAGGGACCAUAUCAACAGCGGGCAGCCGAUCUUUAUGAGGAACUCAGGACAAGCAUUAUCAGUAAUGUGUACAGACAGUAUGUUGAAACAGGGUAUAUCUGGGAACAGUACAGUGACACCACUGGCAGGGGUCAAGGAAGCCACCCCUUCACUGGUUGGUCAGCCCUAACAUUGUUAAUGAUGGCUGAACAGUACUAAUAUCAUUUUGUCAAGUAUUGGCUCCACAGUACGUGGAACUGAAGAAAGAAUAGGAAAAUGUAGGUACAAUUUAUAAAUUUACCAAUUCACCAAUACAAGCCAGAACAUCUUGUGUAAAAGUAUGUACAAUGCAUAGCUGCCCUGUCUCUAUGGAGCCAUUCAUGUACCAAGACCUGAUUUCAGUAAGCACUUAAUACUAGGGAUGCUCCGAUCAGGGUUUUAUGCUGCUGAUCCCAAUACCGAUCAUCCAGCACUGAAAUCAUCCGAUACCGAUACCAAGCACAUUGAUUAAUUAUACAUUUUUCAAUUUAUUUAUGAUGAGUGCUAUUGGCCUGGAGUGUUGUAUAAAGCAGUGGUCCCCAACCUUUUUUGACCCACGGACCGGCUUGUGUUCCCGAAAAUCUCCCGCGGACCGGGGGGGGUUCGUACAUUAUAGUAAUCUAAUUUAUCUUAUUUAGUUUGGUUUGGUUUGGUUUGGUUUAGUUUAUUUGAACAUGAAGGUUACAAUGGAAUACAUCUCAUGAAUCAUUCUUUGACAGUUCCACAUGUCCAAAAGGAGUAGGAAGAAGCAAAGCUUAUUUAAUCCUACCCCCCAUCUAUUCUACAUCUGGUACAGUACAUGUAGUUCACUUCCUGCAUUCCAUGUCAUGUUUUCUGUGAUAGUCAGGAUAAUACAUAAUAGAUAACGGUAAGACAGCCCUCCCAAAAAAAAAAAAAAAAUUAAAUAUAUAUAUACAUAUGAAUUAAUAAUAAUAAUAAUAACAAUAAUUAAUGAAUAAAUAAAGAACACCUUUUUUAUAAACAGAUAUAAUAAUAAAUAAUAGAUAAAUAAUACAUAAUAACAAUAAUUAAUAAAUAAAUAAAGUUUGUUUUUUUUUUAUAAACAAAAAAAUAAUAAUAAAUAAAUAAAUAAAUAAAUAAAUAACAAACCUGACAGAACAAUCAAGACUCUUCUGCCUUGUAUUUAGCAAACAUCAACUGCUUGUAUUGUUUUUUGAAUUUGCUCAUCUCUGUACAUUGUUUCAAUUCCUUACUCAAUCCGUUCCAUAAUUUAAUUCCACACACAGAAAUGCUGUGGGUUUUCAGCGUAGUUCUCGCGUAUAAAUGUUUUAAGUUUAAUUUUCCUCUAAGAUCAUAUUUCCCCUCUCUGAUUGAGAAGUACUGUAUGAGGUUUUUGGGUAAUGAGUUGUUAUUAACUUUAAACAUUAUUCUAGAGAUUUGAAAGUGUACUAAAUCUGCAAAUUUUAAUAUCUGCGAUUUUAAAAAUAGAGGGUUUGUAUGUUCUCUAUACUUGGCAUUGUGAAUGAGCCUCACAGAUCUUUUUUGCAGUACAGUAAGUGAGUGAAGAUUGCUUUUGUAAUUAUUUCCCCAUAUCUCCACACAAUACGUUAGAUAUGGUAGUACUAAGGAACAGUACAGAGUGUGGAGUGAUUUUUGAUCAAGAACAUAUUUUGCUUUAUUCAAUAUAGAGAUAUUUCUCGCCACCUUUUGUUGUGUAUAUUUAAUAUGAGAUUUCCAACUCAUUUUUUCAUCUAUUACGACCCCAAGGAAUUUAUAUUCUUCCACUUUGUCAAUGUCCACUCCAUUAAUUUGUAUUUGGUCAUGCGUAUCCUUCCUGCUAUUACCAAAUAGCAUUAUUUUAGUUUUACUUAAAUUCAGGGAUAAUCUGUUCCUAUCAAACCAUGAUUUUAAUAUGCUUUCACCAGAACAGAAGGCGGUGGUAUCAUCCGCAAAUAAUACCAAUUUUAAGUGUUUUGUUGCUUUACAAAUGUCGUUGAUGUACAAAUUAAACAGUUUUGGUCCCAGUAUGGAGCCCUGGGGUACUCCACACGUGGUGUAUAAACUCCCAGAUGUAUGUUCUCCUAGCUUUACAAAUUGUUUCCUCUUUGCUAGAUAGCUUUUAACCCAAUUCAAAACUAAUCCUCUAAUUCCGUACCUUUCUAAUUUUGAAAUUAAGAUAUUGUGAUUAAUUGUAUCGAAGGCUUUUGUCAGAUCCAUGAAAACAGCUGCUGCGCAUCUUCUAUUGUCUAUAGCAGUAGUGAUUUCCUCCGUGAUUUCGAUCAGUGCCAUAGAAGUUGAAAUGUUGGCUCUGUAACCAUAUUGACUGCUAGCAAAUAAUUCAUUCUUAUUAAUAAAUUUGUCCAACCUAUUAUUAAAUAACUUCUCCACAAUUUUAGAGAAUUGUGGUAACAAGGAAACUGGCCGAUAAUUUGUAAAUUGGUGUUUGUCUCCUUUUUUGAAAAUUGAAACCACCUUGGCUGUUCUCAUUUUGCUUGGAAAUAUUCCAGUCUGAAAUGAUAAAUUACUAAUAUAUGUUAACGGGUCUGCGAUCUCAUUGAUGACCCUUUUAACUGUUUAUGAUGUAUUGUUUAAAACUAAGACAUGAAUAACAUCAAAUUAAAAGCACAAAAUGAAUGCCGACUCACCAUCCACCAGUUCAAGUUCCAGAGAAGUUUUUCCAGAGAGAUUAUUAUAUCGCUGUUUGACAAGUGUAGGAAAAGGCACUACGCUAGCAUGAAUUAACUUGAGACAAAUAUGCACAUUAGCACUCAAUAAGUCAUCAAAACUUACCUUUAUGCAUUCCCACAUAGUAUCAGCAUUUGACACCAAAUAUGAGGUGAAAGAAAAAUACAGUAGUAGUCUUAUCUGUGCGGUAUGAGAUAAAGUUAGCGCAUUGAGACGGAUCUAACAGAGAGAAACCGGCCACUUUUCAAAAUAAAACAGUAAAAAAAAUGAAAUAAUGGAAAUUAUUUUUUCUUUCUGUGCGGCACGGUACCGGGCUGUGGCCCAGGGGUUGGGGACCACUGGUAUAAAGGAGAAAAAGUCAGGACAAUUCAAGGUCCCUUGACUGCCAGGGGGCCAAAAAAAUAGGUAAUUACUAAUAAAAUUAGUUAUUAAUAAGAGGGGCAGACCACUUGAUUUUUUACAUGGGAGCCAGGAUUCCUGGCUGCACCCCUGCUACUUGCUGUAUGAUAUGAAAAAAGGGAACCAUAAAAUCACCUCAAUUUUGACAAAAACAUAUUUUGCUUACUUUUUAAGACAACAUAUACAGUAGAUGCCCCUACAACGUAAAUAAUCCGUUCCGAGAACCUUUAUGUUAUAGGGUUUUUAUGUUUUACAAAGCGUAAAAUACAUGUAAAUAGCCUAAUCCGUUCCAAGAUCUUCCCAAACUCCCCCCUUUGGCACUUCAAAAUAUUCAAAGUCCACCAAAUAUGGUGGGACAAUAUAACAAAACGUUAGCAUAAACAUAGUAGAGUAACAUUCCAAUAUAAAAUAAGGUAAUAAAUAAGAUUACUGUAAAUGAAUAAAACUGAAAAACAAAAACAAUCCUACCGUUCACGAGAUGUCUUGAUCAGGAGCGCAAGUGGAGGCAGGAAGGAGCAGGAGGACUAGCCUGAGUCGAAACGCAACUCAAAGAGUCUAAGAGUCAGGUGGUCUCACAGACAAAUGCACACGCACUACACGAUAAUGUUGUGUGCAAAAUUUUAAUUAGUAACUUAACUUAAUUGUUUAAGUUAGUUUAAGGGCGACUACGAAGAGGAAGGGAUGUUGAAGGGAGAAGCUUGUCUCUCACACAAAUUCAGGUACGUGCUGUAUAGGUCAGCCAGCCGGGUCAGUGUUAGCCACAUGGCUGCGUUUGCUGCUGUUUGACUGAUGGUCACACUGUGAGCCUCCAAAACUGCUCUGUCAAGUGUUGCUCUUCAAAUGCUAUAUUAAAGCUUUUUAACGUGCUACCCCUGCAAGAUAGUUUUCGUGUCAUGUGUUAGCAGUUAGGUUGCACACGGCAGACAUGGUUGCUUUUGUUUUGCAGGAAAGUGGGAGAAUGACGCUGCCCAAGACGUUAGUUAGGGCAAGACACUACGCUGCUUGAAAGGGUCGCUGUGGACUGCAAUAGUGCUAGCCACAGGUGAUCGGCGUUGAAAGGCAUUUAUCGGCAUAUGCCGAUCACGCAAUUUUUUACGGAAAUCGGCUGAUACUGAUAGGUGGCCGAUCGAUCGGAGCAUCCCUAAUUAAUACACAUGCAUUUCAUUGCUAUGUAUUUUGCUCCUUAAAAUAUGUGCCAUCAAGACAAGUGCUUAUCUGUUAAAUCUGUUAAUACCUGGGAGUGGCUUCAUUCCUCCAUUAAACCUAAUCUGUGGUGCAUAUACAACCCCUGGCAAAAAUUAUGGAAUCACCAGUCUCGGAGGAUGUUCAUUCAGUUGUUUAAUUUUGUAGAAAAA